AUGCUGCCUUCGCAAGAAGCCUCCAAAAUCUACCAUGACAACUACAUGCGCAACUCGAGGGCCAUCGGGGUCCUGUGGGCCAUCUUCACCAUCUGCUUGGCCAUCAUCAACGUGGUGGUGUUCAUCCAGCCCUACUGGAUCGGUGACAGCGUCAACACGCCCCACGCCGGCUACUUCGGCUUGUUCCACUACUGCGUGGGCAACGGGAACUCCAACAGGGAGCUCACCUGCCAGGGCAGCUUCUCCGACUUCGGCUCCAUCCCAUCGGGCGCCUUCAAGGCGGCCUCCUUCUUCGUGCUGCUCUCCAUGGUGCUGAUCCUCAGCUGCAUCGCCUGCUUCGCCCUCUUCUUCUUCUGCAACACCGCCACGGUCUACAAGACGUGCGCUUGGAUGCAGCUGCUAUGCGCGGUGUGUCUGGUGCUGGGCUGCAUGAUCUUCCCGGACGGCUGGGACGCUGAGGUGAUCCGGGACAUGUGCGGCGAGGACACGGGGAAGUACACCCUGGGCAACUGCUCGGUGCGCUGGGCCUACAUCCUGGCCAUCAUCGGCAUCCUGGACGCCCUCAUCCUCUCCUUCCUGGCUUUCGUUCUGGGAAACCGGCAGAACGACUUCCUGCAGGAGGAGCUGAAGGCGGAGAACAAAGAUUUUGCAGUUUCGAGGCUCCAGCUCGGCUCCACUCUGCGAAUGGACGGAAUUGAAAUCCGGGACACGAAGGAUCCAAGAUUUGGAGUCCAGCGGUUCCACUGAGAACCAAACUCCUCCUCUGCCUCCAGCUUCCUUCCUCCUCCUCUCCUCCUCCUCCUCCUCCUCCUCUUCCAGCUCCCUCCAUCCACCUUCCUCCUCUUCCUCUUCUCUCCCAAGCUCUUCAGGUCAAACCCCUUGAUUUUGGGCUUGGAAGCCAAAGCCCAGCAGUGUGUAAAAUAGGACUGACAUGGAAUAUAUUAACAAGGAGAAACUGUCUGUCUGUCUGUUGGAAGAGAAAUACAUCCGGAGAGGAAAUAUAUUACGAUCAGCUUUAUAAAACUCUGGGAUAAAAUCAUUCAUGGCAUACGAUGUUACUGUCACAUAAUGUUGUCAUAACAAAGAUGAUAAAGUUAUUGAUAAUGAUGAUAAUGCUUGCUGCAGGAGUAUUCUAUGAAAAAGAAAAAAAAAAAGAUAUUUUUAUUCAGAGUGGAAAAUGAGCAAUUUCCAGCUUUAAGAGAAAUCAUUAUGAAGUGCGUGUGUAAAGGCACAAAGGUGCUACUUCUGAGAUACUAAUAAAAUAAGCCAAAAAAAUCCAAAAAGAAGAAGAAGAAGAAGAAGAAGAGGGAAAAAAGAAAAAUUUUGUACAGCCACAGUGUAAUUUUCAAGACCGUCUUUUUCAGGCCAAUUUUCAACUUCUCUCUUUGUACAUGACAAGGUCUGAUCCCAGGAAUUACAAAAAAAAGAGGAUAUAUGUAAAUGAGAUGUUU